UUAUUUUCCAUUCAUUUAUAAUACAAAUAUGAACAAAAGAUUAUUUUCAGGUCAAGUUUAUUAUGUCAAAAAACCACUGUUAAUUGCAACCACAGUAGUUGCCUUUAACUUGGCUGUGCGUUCUAUGCUGUACAUGAAGCAAAGUGGCGAACUUACCACAAAUUGGCAUGCCACCUGAAUUGAAUCCUUAAAAAUCAUUUGUUAAGUUAUUGAAUUCCUUCAAAUAUCAUAAGUCAAUAACGUAAAACCUCCAAUAGAGCCCUAGGUGGACUGCUUAUUUUUUUUUUUUUUUUUUUUUUUUGGACCCUUUGAUGGGCUUCUUUUCGAGAUGUGCUUCUUUUUGAGAUUAAUAUAUAAUUAAUUGCUGUAAUGAAUUGUUUUACAAAUAUUUUAUGAUUGUAUCUAGUGAUUUUUAUAUUGUAUAUGCCGCACCCUGCUAUUGGCGUCCAUUAAAUUUUGCGUGAAAUGAAUUAAAAAAUAAAAAUAAAUAAACAUUAGACUGGACGUGUUUCUACAUUUUAAACAUUAACUUCUAUGUUCAAGUUGAUAAUGUUUAUGUUACUUCAAAAUGAGCAAGUUUAUUUUAGAAACGAGUUUUAGUAUUUUUUAGAAAUUUUUCAUGGGAUGAAGGAAUACCUUUAAAAGCAGGCUGAGUGAUGCACAAGUUUUAAUUCAUAGUCACAUAUACAAUUUUGUUGUAGUGAUUUACAGUCUCUUUAUUAUUUGAUGGAUAUCAUAGGCCUAUUUUUCUUGGUGGCAAAAACAAAAGGCGAAGUGUCUUAUUAUAAACAUCAAACGUCUUUUUGGAGAAAUAUAUUCGCUCGAUCUGGCAUCCGCUCGAACUAACAUUCCAUCGAAUUUGCAUCCAGUCAUGAUCCAGUCCAGUAUUGUGCAGUGAGGCGUAACUACUACUAGACUACAGUACAGUACUGUAUAAUAAGGACCAAAAAGAUGUCGAAGGAAAAGGCAAAGCCAAAGAUAAGUCUUAGCAAGAACUUAUUAGCAGGUGGAUUUGGGGGAGUUUGCCUUGUUUUUGCCGGGCAUCCACUAGAUACUAUAAAGGUGAGGCUGCAAACACAAGUGACUUCUGGAGAUGCAAGACUUUAUAAAGGAACAUUUGACUGCUGCAAGAAAAUCCUAAUGAAGGAGGGAGUUUUUGGUCUUUAUAAAGGCAUGGCCACACCGAUUCUCGGUGUUACACCGAUAUAUGCUGUAUGCUUUUUUGGCUACGGACUUGGAUUGAAACUUCAGAGACCAAACCAAUCAAAUGGACAGUAUGGAGCAAAUCAGUUAUUUAUAGGUGGAAUGGUGUCAGGGGCUAUGACAAUGUUGCUGGUGGCCCCUGGAGAAAGGAUCAAGUGCCUGUUACAGAUACAACAAGCGGCAGGAGGUAAAGGAAAGUAUGCCGGACCAGUGGAUUGUGCCAAGCAAAUUGCCAGAGAGUCCGGUUUAUCAAAAGGUCUUUUCAGGGGCACUGUUGCCACGUUUUUGCGAGAUGUUCCCGGAAAUGGGGUGUAUUUUUUGACUUAUGAACUUAUGAAAAGAGCCCUCACACCAGAAGGAAAGAGCACUUCGGAUCUAGGAGUUGGGAGAACUCUACUUGCUGGUGGUACCGCAGGGAUUAUGAACUGUGUUUACGCCUUUCCACCAGAUACCCUCAAAUCAAGAACACAAACUGCUCCUGUAGGAAAGUAUCGUAAUCUUCGUCAUGUGUUUAUAUCACUCUACAAGGAAGAAGGACUGAUGUCUCUUUACAAAGGAUUCUCAGCAGGGAUCAUUAGGGCAUUCCCAGCAAAUGCUGCUUGUUUAUGCGGGUUUGAACUAGCAUUACGAUUUCUCAAUUGGGUUGCUCCUGGUUUUUAAUGGUAACCUUGCAAGUAAUAAGCUGUUUUUAUCUGCAAGUUGGCACCCAAGUACUUUAAUAAACAUUAAACAAAUCUCUAAAAAUAUCACUAAAAAGGUGGAAUUUCAAAAAUCCUCACAAACGAACAUGAUUCCCAAUUUAUAUCGGGUAAGAACACUGCUUACAUGAUAUGCUAAUUCAAGAAUCAUUUUUGUUGGUGAUGCUUUCAAAACUCCACUUUUAUUCAAUUAUAUUGCAUAAGCUGUUACACUGCUAAAGCCUACCAUACACUUUCAGAUGACUUGGUGGAAAAAAACAAAUCAGAUUUACUGAUGGUUGACCAGAGAGAAUUUGAAGAGUAUAAAGACCUAAGUUUAAUUAGGUUUGUAAUAUAGAAUUAUAUAAAUACUAUAGCAUCAAUUUUUAAAUUAUGUUAUUUAACAGGAAGCCAGUGGUUUUGAAGAAGAUUUGAGCAUGUUGUAAUAUGCUGAAAUCAGGGGUGGUGGCAGCAUUUGUCCGACAGGGGUUCAUGG